CAUCACAUCUCUCCCUCGUGGACGUAUCAAUCGACGGCGGACGCGCCAGUGUGACCACACCACCCUCGCGUCCUCUCCCUGUCUUUCUCUCUCUCUCUUUCCCUCUUUCUCUUCUACCCUCACUCACUUCCCUCGCCCUCGCGUUUGCUCCCUCUCUUUCCGCCUUGCCGCCGCAAAACGACACGUCUCACGUUACAACGUAUACGGCGGUGCGGCACUGCGCUCUGCGGAAGCACCGUCGGAGUGUGCGGCGCGGGUGCACACGUACGGUACGGCUGCGCGCGACGCGAAGUCAGCCGCGAGUCGAGGCGGGCCGGGCGCGCCGCUCAGGCUCGCCAACUUCACGCGGCGCCUACGAGCAAGCAGCUUCAGCGCGUCCAGCCACGUCCCUACUGUGCGACGAAUCGAAUCCUACUUUAUGCGAAAAAAUAUCGAUAAAAACGAUAUGCGAUGAAUGUUUCAAUUUCUCGAGUUUGAUGAAGAGGCAUGCUUUCCAAUUUUAAUUAUUUCCCAUUGUGUACCAUUCUUUUUAUAAUUACGUAAAUAAAGUAUAUGUUUUACAUAUGUAUAUCACAAAUACGUGAAUAGAAAAUAAAAAUAAUUAAUUAAAACACAUAAUUUAUUUCAACAAACAGCGCCAAAAACGUUUGAUAUAAUCGCACUAUCAAAAUAGACAUUCAUAUUUCCAUCAAAUCUAAUAUGAAACGAAUGUCUCCUUGUAAAGUGAUUCUGAAUCUUAACCUGAAACGCUCAACACGAGCAAUGCAACAUCGUAUUCUCUUACAAAGGCAUUAUAUAAACUCAAGUAUAUAAAGUGCAGCUAUACCUUUCUUCGUUAUCGAUAUAGUUUAGGCGCCUUCCAGGAGAUUAUCGUGUCGCGGAUUACCUCAUAAACACUUUUACGUUUAUAAACGUCCGACAUGUUCUCAUUGGACGAGACGCGAUAACCGCCGCGACCCGGUGGAAGCGAGCAACGCGAGGGCAAAGGAUGCCAAAUAACAAUCUUACCGGAUUCUUGAUAACGACGAUCGCGCGUAUCCCGCUGCUCGCCGCGCGAUAAAGAGUCCGACGCAUUUCGCUCGUUUAUAGAUCGCGAUAAAAUUCACGCGCAAACUCCCAACGAACGCCGAACGAAAGACCGCGCCGCCGGCUGAACAUGGCUGCGAAAUAUCGAUAUGCAAACGUUAACGACCUCUAUAAUCUCUAUUCUCUGUUUCUGUCGACAAUCGAAAUCGAAAUCGAGAUUUCUCGACGGACGGAUGAAGUGGGCGCACGAGCCGACACAUAACCCCAUCACGUCGCAUCGCGUCGUCGAUCGUACAGUUUCAUUUCUAUCGACUCGUCCUUGCCUAAUAAGGUAAAAAAAAAAAAAAAAAAAAACACGGAGACGACUCGACCCCUCAACGCGGUUUCUUCGGUCCCCUUCGUUGAAUCGCCUCUCAAAUAGAGACGAAGCGUCUGUUUCGAAACAUAAAUAAUGUCUGAUCCGCGCAUAAGAACUCUCAAGAUCAAGACGGGAGUGGUAAAGCGCCUUGCAAAAGAGAAGAUUACAUACGAGAAGGAGGUGGUGCAGCAGCGCGAAAGGAUACAAAAGUUGAAAGAACAAGAUAAAGAUGGCUACGACAUAAAGAAGCAAGAGGAAGUGCUUCAAGAGUCUCUUAUGAUGGUACCAGACUGCCAGAGGCGUCUUGUCAAAGCAUUUGAAGAACUCAAAAAAAUUCUGGAUACCGAGCAAGACUUGAAAGAAGUAGAAGAUUACAUUGAGGCUGAAAAAGUGCUGCAGGAGGCGGAGGAGCAACUGCCAAAGGAAGGAGACAUCCUGCAGAUGUGUUAAAAGUGCUCUUUGAUGACUUUUGCUAAAUUAUUUUUUUUAAUAUUAUCUAAUACAUUUUCAUUUUUCUUACCUUU